AUGUCUAACAAUAAACAAUCAACAACUCUUCAUCAAAAAGAUUCCAACCUCUUAUUUGGAAUGAUUAAAUUAAUAUUUGGAUUGAUCGGAAAUGGAACAUUUAAAUCAGCAAAAUUAUUAUUCUUUGUUUUAAAGACUGUUAUUACUUCUAUUGCACCAUCAUUGAACAUGGAAAUUUCAUCCACACCAAGUAUUGAGAAUAAUAGAAUGGGUGUUAAUACCAAAGUAUUCUUAAACUUGGAUUGGUCAGUUCCUCUCCUCAGUAUUCAAUCAUUUGGAUUAACUAAUAAUAACAAACAAAAUCAAGUUCAAGCUGAUAUGAAAAGAAUAGCCUUCGAAAAGAAGUUUUAA